GGAGCCGGGCAGCACACGGGGCAACACACCUUUCCACCACAAAGGAGCGGAGGCAAGAAGAGGAAGAGGAAGAAGAAGAAGGUGAGAAGAGUGGGACGGAGAAAGAACGAGAGGGAAAGCACGGAGGAAGAGAAUCAGGGAAUAACUGAGAAGAUAUGGUGCGCUCAUGUGAACAAGAGAUUCCUGGCUGGGUCUAUGUGGGCACCCUCCUCUUUAUUCACUUCCACUCUGCCACAGUUUGCGGAGCUGCCCUGAAACAGGAGGCGGGCUUGGACAAUGUCGCCACGGUGCUGAAUCACUCCAUGACUUUGGUGGGUCGCAUGGAGAGCCUGCUGGCCCUGGGGAACGGCAGCGACGUGACCCUGCGGGUGCAGACCGUCAACACGGACGAGGUGAAGGUGAUCCAGGCCCACAGCCUGGUCCUCACCCUGCAGAGCGACGUGUUCGAGGAGCUGCUGCUCACCCGGAACGGCAGCACGCUGGUUUUGAGGGAGAUGCCCGACAGCGCGGCCGUCUUUGACAAGUUCAUCAGGUACCUUUACUGUGGCGAUAUCUCGGUGCGGCUCGAUCAGGCUAUCGCUCUGCAUAAGCUGGCCAGCAAGUACCGCGUGUGGAGCCUGCAGCAAGGUCUGACCCAGUACAUGACUCAACAUCUGUCCAGCGAUUCGCCCACUGGACAUGUAGUUGGUUGGUAUAACUAUGCGCUACAGAUUGGGGACGUGACCCUGCGGGACAGCUGUCUGCAGUACCUGUCCUGGAACCUGUCUUCUGUGCUGCAGAGCGCAGAAUGGGGCUCCAUCAGCGAGGACCUGCUCCUCUCCUUGCUCCAGCGCUCUGACCUCAUUCUGCAGAGUGAACUGGAGCUUUAUGAGGCCCUGGAGAGCUGGAUUAGCCAGAAUCAGCCUGUCAGUGCGACGGUGGAAACCGCCCUCAGGGCCGUUCGAUAUGGCAUGAUCCCCCCUCAGCACCUUUUCCGCCUUCAGAAGCAGUCUGCUCUCAUUCAGAAGUAUUACGAAUCCAUCCGUGACCUCCUCUAUCUCGCGUUCCAGUUUCACUCGGCCUCACCGAUCCAACUGGCCAAAUACUUUGACGUUAACUGCAGCAUUUUCAUUCCCCGUAACUACCUGUCCUCCUCCUGGGGGUCCCCCUGGGUUAUCAAUAACCCCACCCGUGACGACCGCAGCUUCAGCUUCCAGACCCAGCUCGGGCCGAGCGGCCACGACUCCAGUAAGCGAGUGACGUGGAACGCCCUCUUCUCCCCCCGCUGGCUCCCGCUCAGCAGCCGGUCCACAUACACUGAGCUCGGUGCCAUGCAGCCCACCCGCACGGACGGAGGCCGUCCGCGCAUCAUCGUCACACCGGCCACUUCCAGCCCCGACUUCGCCGGAGUGAGCUUCCAGAAGACGGUGAUCGUGAUGGCGAAGCAGCAGGGAAAAGUGGUGGUCCGCCACGUCUACAACUUCCACCAGAGCACAGAGGAGGCCGGCGAUUUCCUGGUGGAUGCCGACCUGCAGCGCCGUGCAUCAGAAUACCUUAUUGACAGCUCCCUGUAUCUACACAUUGUCAUAAAGCCUCUCUAUCAGACUCUCCUUGUAGCCAGGAAGUGAAUGCAAUAAUACGCUGUGGCCUCACCAUCAGUAACCACCCACACAAUCACAUGCACAUAUUCCAAAGUACACUCAUAUCACAGCACGUGUGUAUGUGUCAGGUCUGUGACAUCUCUAUCGUUGAUAAGUUUGUGCUUCUUUUUUUUUUUGUCUUCCAUCAAGAAGUUACCAAGGAGGCACCUGGCACAAUGAAGGACUCAAUUUUAACAACUCAGCAGUGAUUAUCAAAGUAAUGAUGGUGGGUUUUCAGUUUUUGGUGCAAAUUAAAAAAAAUACUUUUUCUGUACUGUACUUUUUUUGUCAGGUAUUUUAUAGUG